AUGGCCCUCUACUUUGAUCACCGCGUAGAAACCCCCGAAUCAGUCGGCUCACCUUCCCACAUAAGCUGGCACCCUGUCCAUCCCUUCCUGGCAGUUGCCUCUGUCAGCAGCACCUCGGGAGGCAGCGUGGAUGUUUACCUGGAACAGGGUGAGCACGCGCCCGACACCCACAUCGAGCGGUCAUUCCGAGUGACCGCCCUGUGCUGGCACCCUAUGCGGCUGGUCCUGGCCGUCGGUUGGGAGACGGGGGAGGUGAUCAUGUUCAACAAGCAGGACAAGGAGCAGCACGCCGUGCCCCCGACGCACACUGCUGAGAUCACCGUCCUCACCUGGAGCAUCAACGGCAACUGCCUGCUCUCCGGGGACAGGCUUGGUGCUCUGCUGUUGUGGCGGCUGGACCAAAGAGGCCGGGUACAAGGGACGCCCUUGCUGAAACUCGAGUACGGAAAACACCUAACACACUGCAUCUUCCGGCUCCCCCCUCCCGGCGAGGACCUCGUGCAGUUGGCAAAGGCCGCUGUGAGUGGUGACGAGAAGGCGCUGGACAUGUUCAACUGGAGGAAGAGCGGCUUCGGAAGCUUCCUGAAGAUGGGACCUCAGGAGGGGCUGUCGUUCUUUGUCAGCUUGAUGGAUGGGACAGUACACUACGUGGAUGAGAAGGGCAAGACGGCCCAGGUGGCAUCCACGGACAGCCCCGUGCAGAUGCUGUUCUACAUUGAGAAGCGGGAGGCGCUGGUGGUGGUGACAGAGAUGCUGCUCUUGUCUCUGUACACGGUGAUGCCCGAGGGCGAGGCCGAGGAGGUCAUGAAGGUGAAGCUGAGUGGGAAGAUGGGCCGCCGGGCUGACAUCGCUCUGAUCGAAGGCAGCCUGCUCGUCACGGCCACUGGGGAGACGGUGCUCAGGUUUUGGGACUUAGAACGAGGCGAGAAUUACAUACUGAGCCCAGAGGAGAAGUUUGGUUUUGAAAAAGGAGAGAAUAUAAACUGUGUCUCCUACUGCAAAGGCAAAGGUCUUCUGGCAGCUGGCACCGACAGAGGGCGCGUUGCCAUGUGGCAGAAAGCCCCAGGCCCCCAGAGCAGCCGCAGGGCAGAGGGCAAGGACAGGUGGGCCCUGCAGACGCCGACCGAGCUGGAGGGGAACAUCACACAGAUCAAGUGGGGCUCCAGGAAGGGGCUGCUGGCGGCGAGCAGCGGGAGCGCUGUGGUGAUCCUCAGGGAGCAGGCCAUGGCCGCCCACUUCCACCAGCAGGUGGCAGCAGCGCAGCUGUCGUCCAACCUGCUGCACGUGGCCUUCCUGGCGGCCGGCACGACCUACAGCCUGCGCACGGACAUGCACGUCAGUGGCGUGUUCGCCACCAAGGACGCCGUCGCCGUCUGGAACGGGAAGCAGGUGGUGAUCUUCGAGCCUUCGGGAGCCACGUUGCGAAACGCGGGGACCUUCCCGUGUGAGUCCCCGGUGCUGGCGAUGCACGAGGAGAGCGUCUACACCGUGGAGCCACACCGGGUCCAAGUGCGAACCUGGCAGGGGACUGUCAAGCAGCUGCUGCCCUUCUCCGAGACUGAGGGCAGCCCCUGCCUCCUGGACACCUGUGGGAGCUUCCUGGUGGUCGGCACAGACCUGGCGCACUUCAAAAGCUUCGAGCUUUCUCGAAGAGAGGCCAAAGUGCACUGUAACUGCAAGAACCUGGCCGAGCUGGUCCCCGGCGUCGGGGGCAUCGCCUCGCUGCGCUGUAAUGCCAGCGGGAACAGAAUCAGCCUCCUCCUCACUAAGGCCGACAGCAGCCCCGACUCCAGGAUCUGCUUCUACGACGUGGAGUUGGACAUGGUGACCAUCUUCGACUUUAGGACCGGGCAGAUUGACUGGAGAGAGACAUUCUCCUUUAAUGGGCAAGAGACCAGGAAGAGCAGCGUCUUUGCCGAUGAGAGCCUGACGUUCCAUGUCCCCGUGAGCCACUUCUGGGACCAGACUGAGCCACGGCUGUUUGUGUGUGAGGCCGUCCCUGAGGCACCUGGGGCCCAGCCGCUGGCCACGGAGAGACAGCCCCCUACUGCUGACGACACCGGCCCCACGGCGGAUGGCAUGGUGUUGUCCUUCUUUGUCUCCGAGGAGCACGGCCUUCUGCUGCAGGACAGCUUCUCCCGGCCAGCCGCCUUCCAGGCGCUCCUGGGCGUCGAGGUGCCCUAUUUCUACUUCACGAGAAAGCCCGGGGAAGCAGACCAAGAGGACCAAGCAGACACUGGGCAUCACGGGAUCCCCCAGAUGGUGGGCAGGAGGCCCCUGCGGGACUUCAUGGGGCUGGAGGAUGGCGACCGGGCCACACGGGACGCCAUGCUCAACUUCAGCUUCUUCGUCACCGUCGGGGACAUGGAUGAGGCCUUCAAGUCCAUCAAGCUCAUCAAGAGUGAGGCCGUCUGGGAGAACAUGGCACGCAUGUGUGUGAAGACCCAGAGGCUAGAUGUGGCCCGCGUGUGCCUGGGGAACAUGGGCCACGCCCGCGGAGCCCGUGCCCUGCGGGAGGCCGAGCAAGAGCCCGAGCUGGAGGCCCGUGUAGCCAUGCUGGCCGUGCAGCUGGGCAUGCUGGAGGAUGCUGAGCGGCUAUACAAGAAGUGCAGGCGCUAUGACCUCUUGAACAAGUUCUACCAGGCUGCAGGCCAGUGGCAGAAGGCCAUGGAGGUGGCUGAGCGGCACGACCGUGUCCACCUGCGCACCACCUACUACAACUACGCCAAGCACCUGGAGGCCAGCGCCGAUUGCAACCUGGCCCUCAGCUACUACGAGAAGUCAGACACCCACCGCUUCGAGGUGCCCCGGAUGCUGGCGGAGGACCUGCAGUCCCUGGAGCUCUACGUCGACAAGAUGCGGGACAAGACCCUGUGGCGGUGGUGGGCGCAGUACCUAGAGAGCCAGGCGGAGAUGGACGCAGCGCUGCGCUACUACGAGCUAGCGCAGGACUACUUCUCGCUGGUGCGCAUCCACUGCUUCCAGGGCAACACCCAGAAGGCAGCUGAGAUCGCCAACGAGACGGGGAACUGGGCAGCAUCCUACCACCUGGCGCGGCAGUACGAGAGCCAGGAGGAGGUGCGGCAGGCCGUGCACUUCUACACGCGGGCGCAGGCCUUCAACAACGCCAUCCGCCUCUGCAAGGAGAAUGGCCUGGACGACCAGCUCAUGAACCUGGCCCUGCUGAGCUCCCCAGAGGACAUGAUCGAGGCGGCGCGCUACUACGAGGAGAAGGGAGAGCAGAUGGACCGGGCGGUCAUGCUGUACCACAAGGCCGGACACUUCUCUAAGGCCCUGGAGCUGGCCUUCACCACCCAGCAGUUCACGGCCCUGCAGCUCAUCGCCGAAGACCUGAACGAGAAGUCAGAUCCAGCGCUGCUGGCCCGCUGCUCGGACUUCUUCACCGAGCACAGCCAGUACGAGAAGGCUGUGGAGCUGCUGCUGGCCGCCAAGAAGUACCGCGAAGCCCUGCAGCUCUGCCUAGAGCAGAACAUGGCCCUCACGGAGGAGAUGGCCGAGAGGCUGACCGUCCCCAAAGACUCCACGGACCUGUCGGAGGGGGCGCGGCGGGAGCUGCUGGAGCAGAUCGCCAACUGCUGCAUGCGCCAGGGCAGCUACCACCUGGCCACCAAGAAGUAUACGCAGGCCGGCAACAAGCUGAAGGCCAUGAGGGCGCUGCUCAAGUCCGGGGACACGGAGAAGAUCGUGUUCUUCGCGGCCGUGUCGCGGCAGAAGGAGAUCUAUGUCCUGGCAGCCAACUAUCUGCAGUCGCUGGACUGGCGGAAGGAGCCGGAGGUCAUGAAGAACAUCAUCAGCUUCUACACCAAGGGUCGGGCCCUGGACCUCCUGGCCGGCUUCUAUGACGCCUGUGCCCAGGUGGAAAUCGACGAGUACCAGAACUACGACAAGGCCCACGGGGCACUGACCGAGGCCUACAAGUGCCUGUCCAAGGCGAAGGCCAAGAGCCCCCUGGACCAGGAGGCCAAGCUGGCUCAGCUGCAGAGCAAGAUGACGCUGGUGAAGAGGUUCAUCCAGGCCCGGAGGAUGUACCCGGAGGACCCCAAGGAGGCCGUGCGGCAAUGUGAGCUGCUCCUGGAGGAGCCAGACCUGGACAGCACCAUCCGCAUCGGAGACAUCUACGGCUUCCUGGUGGAGCACUUCCUGCAGCUGGGGGAGCACCAGGCGGCCUACAAGUACCUGGAGGAGAUGCGCAAGAGGCUGCCAGCGGCCAACAUGACCUACUACGUGAGCCAACACACCAUCGAUGCCGUGCACCAGGGCCUGGGCCUUCCCCUGGCGCGCCUGGGGCCCGAGCGUGUCCGCCACAACAGCGCCGAGGAGCCCCGGGACGAGGAGGUGGUAGAGGAGGUGGGCAGUCCCUGACCACCCAUGCCCCCGGCCGGCUU